CUUACAAUCACACAAUUCCGUGCGGCUCCAGUGUUUUACCUAGAUAAUUACCAUGUGCCAGCAGUGAGAAUGUCGUUCCGACUACUACCACUCGCCCUCGCCCUCGCCGCGGCCCUAAUUAGCGUCGACGCGGGGAAGUCAUGUGAGACCAAUGAAGAGUACAAGACAUGUGGGCCAUCAAUUGAACCCACAUGUGAUAAUCACGAACAACAUCUUCCUAUGGAUAAGAAAUGCAACGUGGGAUGCUUCUGUAAGGAGGACUACGUACGUGACGCGCAUGGCAACUGCAUUCCAAAGAAGUCAUGCCCAAUACCAUGCCCUGAUAAUUCCGCUUAUUCUCCUCACGGUGGAAGUCAAGCCACGUGUCUAAAACCACGUCCUGUCACUAGUACCAAACCAGGUUGCUAUUGUAACCCUAAAUUUGUCCUAGAUACAACCACUAAUACCUGUAUCCCCUGGCAAAAAUGUCCCUGUUUUGGUCAGAAUCAAAUCUACAGUGAUUGUGUCCCCAUAUAUCCCAAAACUUGCAGUCAUCGUUCAAACAGCAAGAAACACGAUAUGUGCUUGGAGAACUGGAAGGCUUGUAUCUGUAAGGAUGGUCAUGCGCUCAAUGAUGAUAAGGUGUGUGUUCCGUUCAAAGAAUGCCCACCUACACCAUGUGAAGUGAAAUGCGCAAAGAAAGGAAAUGAAAAGUACGUGGCUUGCGUCAAUGACAUCCGCUGUGACCUGACCAGUGUAGAUACAGAAUGUAAACAUGGUUGUCAGUGUAUCAAAGGGUAUGCCAGAGAUAAAUCUGGUAAAUGUAUACCUUUACAACAUUGUCCAUGUCAGGGGAAUGCUACUUUUGCUUUGGGAGUAUCCGCAUGCCCACCAACCUGUGAAACUUUGACUGGACCUCAUUGUAUGGCUAUAAAACAAGCUGGAUGUGAAUGUAAUGCUGGAUAUGUCCUCAAUUCUAAGAAGGAAUGUAUUUUGAUUGAGGAUUGUGAUGCUCCUAAGAAAUGCCCAGCUGGUCAAGAGUUUACGAAGAGUUCUGUUCAACAUUUUUGUAACCAACCGGAUGUUACCAUACAAAAUGGUUGUGUAUGCUGUGAUGGAUUAUGGUAUGAUGAAAAUACGAAGACCUGUGUUAAACCAGGACAGUGUUCUUGUCCAGGGAACUUGGUUUAUACUGAUUCUUGUACUUUGGACUUCUGUGGAGCUGGUACGGAGAGUAUUACCAACAAAUGCGCAUGUCCCAAGGGAAUGAGUUAUGACCUCAAGUUGAAGAUCUGUGUAUUGACCAAGGAUUGUACAAAGGUUCCUCUGCCUACUUGUCCAAAGGGUCAGCAAUAUUUUGCUGUGAGAUAUCAACUAUUCUGUAACCAACCAGCUGUUUUCAUUUACAAUGAUUGUGGAUGUCCAACUGGGAAAUGGUAUGAUGAAUAUGCAAAGGCUUGUGUUGAUGCUGGUCAAUGUUCAUGUCCUGGUAACCUGGUUUAUACAACUUCGGGAACCAUGGAUUAUUGUGGUUUGAGUAGUGUGGAAGUGAGCAAUACCUGCGUGUGUCCAAAAGGGACAAGUUAUGACCUCAAGUUGCAAACCUGUGUGAAGACAAAGGAUUGCUCUGGUACCACACCACCAAAAUGCCCUGCUACCCAAGGAUAUCAUUCUGUUUCCUAUCAAUUGUACUGUAAUCAACCAGGGAGCUUCAUUUAUAAUGAUUGUGGAUGUCUAAAUGGACAAUGGUAUGAUGAACGGAAGGAAACCUGCGUUGACCCGGGACAUUGUUCAUGCCCUGCUAAUUUGGUAUAUACUUUAUCUGGAUCUUUGGAUUAUUGUGGUAUUGGAAGUGUGGCUAUCACACACCAAUGUGGAUGUCCCAAAGGAAUGAGUUAUGACAUCAAAUCUGAAUCUUGUGUUUUGACCGUGGAAUGUACCAAACCCCCAAAACCAACUUGCCCUAUUGGGCAAGUGUUUUCGGCUGUGACCUAUCAAAUUUUCUGUAAUCAAGCUCCGGUUUUCAUUUAUAAUGACUGUGCGUGUCCCAAUGGGCAAUGGUACGAUGAAUAUGCUGGUAAAUGUGUUAAUCCGGGACAAUGCUCAUGCCCUGGAAACAUGGUCUACACUACAUCUGGAUUUUUGUAUUAUUGUGGGCUUGGAACAGAAGCAAUUAGUUACAAAUGCGCCUGUCCUAAAGGUAUGAGUUAUGAUAUCACUUCCAAAACCUGCGUGCCAACUGCUCAUUGUGCAACACCUCCUAAACCAAGUUGUCCAUCUGGACAAGCAUACUUUGCAAUGACCUACCAAAAGUUCUGUCACCAAGAAGGUGUUUUGAUUUACAAUGACUGUGGAUGUCUAAAUGGAAACUGGUAUGAUGAAUAUGCUGGAACUUGCGUUGCUCCUGGACAAUGUUCUUGUCCUGGUAACAUGGUUUAUACCCAAUCUGGUGUUUUGGAUUAUUGUGGAGCAUGCACGGAGAAAUUAAGCAACAAAUGUGGAUGUCCAAAGGGAAUGAGUUACGACAUAAAAGCUAAGACCUGUGUGAAGAAAUCAGAUUGGAUAUGCCUAAAUGCAGAGAAAGUUUGUGUACCCAUUAAGGAUUGUCCAGCAAAAUGCCCAGAGAACGAAGAACACAAACCAUGCAAAUCUUUAAAUCCAGAUACAUGCCGUAACUUCUUGAUUAAUCCAAAACCAAAGAUACAUAAGGAAAUUUGUAUUGCUGGGUGUGAUUGUAAGAGUGGAUUUGUCAGAAAUGAUAAUCAGACUUGUGUGAGUCCAUCACAAUGCCCACCUCCAGAAUUCAAAUGUGGAGUGAAUAUGGUUUAUACUGGUAAGAAAUAUUCUUGUGCUAUUUGUCCAUCAACAACAAAACCAAAGUUUACUAUGAAGGAUGGAUGUGAUUGUAAUGAUAAUCUGGUAUUUGAUUCUGCAACUGGUGAAUGUGUGGACAAGACAAUGUGUACAGAAUCCAAGGAGAACAAAGAUUGUAAAGAUUUAGAUCCAAAUACUAAGUUCUCUACAUGCCAAGCUUGUCCGCGUACUUGUUGCAAUCGUCACCCGAUUUGUAACAUGAUGUGCACACCUGGAUGUGAAUGUUUGUCUGGAUAUGUCAAGAGUAGUCCAACAGGAAAAUGUAUUCCAGAAACAAGUUGUCCAAUGGUAGAUCCAGUUGUUUGCUCAGGAAAUACAACGUAUCAAGAGUGUGCUUUUAAUCAGAAAUGUGUGAAUGCAAAUUGUCAAUUACCGGUACCAGAGAUUUGUAAAGCGGGUUGUGGAUGUCGUGAAGGAUAUCUUGAGGCUUCCAAUGGUAAUUGUGUUUUACCAACGGAUUGCGAUGUGAAAAUUGAUUGUAAAGAAAAGGAUCCCAAUUCAGAAUUUUUGCUCUGUGGCACAUGUAGGCGUACUUGCGCUGAUAAAACACCAGUUUGUGAUAAAAAGUGUCAUAUUGGAUGUUUCUGCAAGAAGGGUUACGUUCUAGAUAAGACCGAUGGAAAAUGUAUUGCUGAAAAGAAGUGCCCAAAAGUAGAACCAGAUUCAAAACCGCAUAAGAAAGAUAGUUCAAGCAAACAUAAAUCCAAGCCAAAACAUGAUGAUUCUAAAAAGGACAAGUCGAAGCCUAAGAAAGAUAAUUCCAAGAAGGACAAAUCAAAACCCAAAAAGGAUGAUUCAAAGAAAGAUAAAUCAAAACCUAAGAAAGAUGAUUCAAAGAAAGAUCCAUCAAAGCCUAAACACGAUGAUUCCAAGAAAGAUAAAUCAAAACCCAAGAAAGAUGAUUCAAAGAAGGAUCCGUCUAAGCCCAAACAUGAUGACCCCAAGAAGGACAAAUCAAAGCCUAAAAAAGAUGAUUCCAAGAAGGACAAAUCUAAACCCAAGAAAGAUGAUUCAAAGAAAGAUCCAUCGAAGCCUAAACAUAACGAUUCAAAGAAGGACAAAUCAAAACCUAAAAAAGAUACUUCAUCGAAAGAUCCAACUAAACCUAAACAUGACGAUUCCAAGAAGGAUAAAUCAAAGCCCAAGAAAGAUGAUUCAAAGAAAGAUCCGGCUAAGCCCAAACAUGAUGACUCCAAGAAGGACCCGUCCAAACCCAAAGACGAUAAUCCUAAAAAGGACAAAUCAAAACCCAAAAAGGAUGAUUCCAAGAAAGACCCGUCCAAACCUAAAGACGAUAAUCCUAAGAAGGACAAAUCAAAACCCAAAAAGGAUGAUUCCAAGAAAGACCCAUCAAAACCCAAACAUGAUGACUCCAAGAAGGACAAAUCCAAACCCAAAAAGAUGAUUCCAAGAAAGACCCAUCAAAACCUAAACAUGACGAUUCAAAGAAGGACAAAUCAAAACCCAAGAAAGAUGAUUCCAAGAAAGACAAAUCUAAGCCUAAAAAGGAUGAUUCCAAAAAGGACAAAUCAAAGCCCAAGAAAGAUGAUUCCAAGAAAGACCCAGCAAAACCUAAACAUGACGAUUCAAAAAAGGACAAAUCAAAACCCAAGAAAGAUGAUUCCAAGAAAGACAAAUCCAAACCAAAACAUGACGGAUCCGGAUCAACAUCAUCAAAAGAUGCUCUUUGCAAAAAACAGGAUCCCAAUACUGAAUAUAGAACUCGUCAGUCAUCUAGCUGCGUCUUGACUUGUGAUAAUUUGAAUUUACGCGCAUGUACUGAUGAUUACAUUAGCGGAUGUUUCUGCCAGAAACAUUUAGUCCAAGUAUCAUACACAAACAAAACAUGUGUAGCUCCAGCAGACUGUCCAAUCAAACCACCA